UGGUGUCACAUUCAGAUAUUCAAGUUCCGUUAGCAGGAAGUUGGAGUUGUGUUCCAUGCUAAAUUCAAGUAGCGACCGUUUUCAGCGUGUGGUUAACGUAGCUCAAGAUCCUUCUAACUAUCCGCUUCUGAAGUCGUGUAAUUGAUCCGUUUGUGCUGAUUUCCAUUUCUGAAUCGCAGCAGAGCGGCGAGUAGCCGAUGGGUGGAGCGAAUAUCUGGCUUUGAGCAAAAAGCGGCGAUUAGUAGAAAAGAAAUUUAAGUCUCUAUUGCAAGUGGACUGAGAGUAGUAAUAAAGCAAAAUGCCCAAAACGAUCAAUGUUCGGGUUACCACUAUGGAUGCAGAGCUGGAGUUUGCUAUUCAGCCCAACACCACUGGCAAGCAGCUGUUUGAUCAGGUUGUGAAGACCAUUGGGCUACGUGAAGUCUGGUUCUUUGGGCUGCAGUACCAAGACACAAAAGGUUUCUCCACCUGGUUGAAACUCAACAAAAAGGUAACUCAACAGGAUGUCCGUAAGGAAAGCCCACUUCUUUUCAAGUUCAGAGCAAAAUUCUUCCCAGAAGACGUAUCUGAGGAACUGAUUCAGGAGAUUACCCAGCGCCUCUUCUUUCUACAAGUGAAAGAAGGUAUUCUGAAUGAUGAUAUCUACUGUCCCCCAGAAACUGCAGUGCUACUGGCUUCUUAUGCUGUACAGGUCAAAUAUGGGGAUUUCAAUAAAGAGACCCACAAAACUGGUUACCUGUCAAGUGAUCACCUACUUCCACAGCGUGUCCUGGAACAGCACAAGUUGAACAAAGAACAGUGGGAGGAUCGAAUCCAAAUCUGGCAUGAGGAGCACAGAGGAAUGAUCAGAGAGGAUGCUAUGAUGGAAUAUCUGAAAAUUGCUCAAGAUCUUGAAAUGUAUGGAGUCAACUACUUCAGCAUCAAAAACAAAAAAGGUUCUGAGCUCUGGCUUGGAGUUGAUGCUCUUGGAUUGAACAUCUAUGAACAUGAUGACAGGUUGACACCCAAGAUUGGAUUCCCAUGGAGUGAAAUCCGAAACAUUUCGUUUAAUGACAAAAAGUUUAUUAUCAAACCAAUUGAUAAAAAAGCACCAGAUUUUGUAUUCUAUGCUCCUCGUCUCCGCAUUAACAAGCGCAUCCUGGCACUGUGCAUGGGGAACCAUGAACUGUAUAUGCGCAGGCGUAAGCCUGAUACAAUUGAAGUCCAGCAGAUGAAGGCCCAGGCUAGAGAAGAGAAGCACCAGAAACAGCUGGAAAGGGCACAGCUGGAAAAUGAGAGAAAGAAGAGAGAACAAGCAGAGAAAGACAGAGAAAAUAUUGAACGGGAGAAGGAGGAAUUGAUGGAAAGGCUGAAACAGAUUGAAGAGCAGACUCAAAAAGCUCAAAGAGAACUGGAAGAACAAACUCGCAAAGCACUGGAGCUCGAUCAAGAGAGGAAAUCUGCCCAGGAGGAGGCUGAACGACUGGAACAAGAGCGCAGGUCUGCAGAGGAGACCAAGCAGGCCUUGAUUGAGCAAUCCAAAAACCAGAUGAAAAAUCAGGAGCAGCUGGCUGCUGAACUCACGGAGCUCACUUCCAAAAUAAAUCUAUUGGAGGAAACAAAGAAAAAGAAGGAGGAUGAGGCUUCUGAGUGGCAACAGAAGGCUGCUCUAGCACAGAGAGAUCUGGAAAGGACCAAAGAGGAACUUAAAGUAGCUACAACAACCCCUCCCAUCCUGCAAGCUGAGGAUGAACGUGCAGAUGAACAUGAUGAGAAUAAUGCAGAGGCGAGUGCCGAGCUCAGCUCUGAGGGGACCGUUCAGGAUCGCAGUGAGGAGGAACGGCUGACUGAGGCAGAGAAAAACCUACGUGUUCAGAAGCAGCUGCAGGCAUUAACUUCUGAGCUGGCCCAGGCACGGGAUGAGACCAAGAAAACACGGAAUGACAUGUUACAUGCAGAAAACUUGAAGGCAGGACGAGACAAGUACAAAACUCUGAGGCAGAUUCGACAGGGCAACACCAAGCAGCGGAUAGAUGAAUUUGAAUCCAUGUAAAUCCUCAUUUCCUGUGACCUGCAAAGUCACUAUAAGGGAAUGAAUUUGGUUUCAUUAGGAGUUACCGAGAAACCCUUACUUUUCUAUUUAAUAUACAGCUUGUGCAAAUCGGCAAUAGAGAUGUAUUAAAUUGUUCUUGUGUAGCACAAAACAUAGUCUUUGGUUAUGAAGUUUGGAAAAUUGUUUAUUCUAUUUGCGAUUCCACCAACCAGAUUUCUAUAAAAGCCAUGUUCUAUUCAUCUGUUUUUGUAAACCAUCUAUUAUUUUGAACUUAAGCUAAAAUUGGUAUUAUGAUCCACAAUGUCCAUAUUCUAAGCUGUAUAUUUAAUUAAACUGUUUUAAAAUAGUUGAAAUUAGAUACAAAGUUGGUUUUUAAAAAGUCUUCCUUCUCACAAAGGUGGGGCUCCUGAAAUGGGUGGAUUUCAAAUUAAUACCUUUUCAUUUGUCAUCUCAUUUGUGCCUGUUUUUCAUUUUUUUUGUUAUCUAAAUAUUAUAAUCCUUGCCUAGAUUACACUCUGGUAUAACUCAUUCAUAAAUGGACAUGUAGCUCCAUUCAUGUAAAACCACCUAAUUAAUAUAAAUGAUUUCUGUAUUUGGGAUAUUUAUCUUGUUUAAUUCCCCUAAGGUAUUACACAUGCACAUGUUUUGGCUGAAGGUCGUGUGGCUUUUAAAGGAAUCUAUAUAGAAUUCAGCUGUGUAAACUUGUUCUGACUAGAGUACAUUGCACUAAAACUUUAAAUUUGUAAAAACAUUUGCUAAAUUUGUAGGGGUCCUUAUUUGUAAGCCUGUGGUACCUGGGAGGUGCUACCACUCGAGUGCAAUGCCACUUUGUUAAUAGGAAGAGUUAAUUUGGAAAAACUUCAGCAGAUUGUAAAUUGCAGCUCUACUAACUUGUAGAUUCCAAGGUGUAUGUCAGGGUUUGGCAUACAACUUACUGCAAUUAAAAUCUUUCAAGUUGUAUAUUAAAAGUAUUAUAAAUGCAGACACUUCUGAGCUUUCUACUCCUAACUGAACAUCUGUUGCCAAGAGCUGCCAUUUGGUGCUGAUUCUCAUUCUUUUUUUAUUAUAUGUAGAAGUGCCAAAAGUCCUUUCAGUGUUACAAUACAUAUGCUUGCAGCCACGAUCAUUCUUUGUGUCAAUGGUUGCUCUUUAUUUUCCUAGUGUUAUGUACUUAAUGUAGUUACUUUGGAAUAACUAUGCAAAGUAGGAAGAUCAAAAUUUAUUGUGUAACUGGUUUAUUGGUUUGCAAACUACCAUGUAACCUUUGUGUAUUUUGCAGGAUAAUAAGAAGUAUGCAGUAUUAUAUUAAGGAGCCAACUGUUCAUUUAGAAUCCAGUGUUGUUUUUUUUGGUUUAUAUUGCAAUGACUUUGUAAAGUAGGCAAUGUCAUUUGGUAAUUAUUAAUGGGGCUCUUCAGCUCUUUGACAAAAGCUGCUUAAUCUCCUUCAGUGGUUUAAAUUUUCUGUAUAUUGAAAAUUGGCCAGUGUAAAUUUUUUUUCUGGUGAAAUCUGCUUCCUAUUUAACAAUUAUCAAAGGGAUCUCGGUAACAAACUAUAUGCUGUUUUUGGGGGUUUGUAUUCAAUUUGUCCUUUCUGCUCUAAUAAAUUUUCACAUUUUCUGCA